GCAGGUGCAGGCUGCCGUCGCGCACCAUUCGAAAUUGCGAGCGUGGAGCGCCGAUCUGCCGCGUUGCCGUCCGCAUCCAUAUCCACAACAGACCAUGGGAGCUACAAAAGCAAGCCAGGAACUCUCACCGCUGCUCAAGUGCAGCCCUGUGACCUCCACACCCAACAGCAGUCCCGCCUACGGCGACCCCGCCAUAGAUGUCGCUCUGCCUGUCAAAUCUACACGUUCCGUUCGAAACCAAGCAAAGCCCAAGGUGGAAGAAGUGUACCCGCUUCCAUGGUUCCGAUCACCAGACAUGCCCAAGCGACCGAUUCGUAUGGUCCUGAAGAAGGAAACCCCAAAGUCGGCGAUUGCGACUUGGGCGGCGGGCGUCACGACGUCGUUUGACGGAGACAAGUGCAUCCACGUGCUUGUGGCGGCAAUUUUAUUAUGCACAAUUGUCGUGAUUCUGUCCAUCAUAUACGAUAGUGGCAAGAAGUCCGUCGCCAACGACUCCCUGCAUCCACACUCUCUAUUGCGAGGGAAUUCGUAGGUGUUGUUAUGUGGCAGUGUUAUUAAUCCAACUUAUGCAAUGUCAGUUCAAGA